GAAGAUGGGCUGGUCUGUGCCCCGCCCAGGGAACAGGCCACAACGGACACGAGGACCCUCUUGAACCACAUUAUAGUUCUGGGCCUCACCCGCUAACACAGGACUAGUAAAGGCCAAAAGGCAGAUCUAGGAUCAGAUUAUCCUGCCUCAUUUCAUUAAUUCGACUUGCAUUUUUAUUUAUGUAUAAUCCAUUGUCCAUAUAUUUAGGCUGAUCUUAUAAUUUUAGAUAUCUGUUUAAAUAUAUUUAUAUGUGUUGUAGGCUAUGACAUAAUUUUAUGUUUAUGCAUCUGUACCAAGAAGUUCAAAUAAACCUAAACAUAAACCUCGCAUAGGCUUGAAAAAUAUCAGACCGGUUGCAGAUAAGGUAGUUGGCGGCAAAUUUGAUAUGCUAUUUCCUGUGAUACCUUUAUUUAAUUUCGUGUGCAAACUGAUCAAUAUCAACCGUUUCACUUGUAGCAUUGUUUUUGUAUUGAUAUUCACAAUAAUAACACAAAUGUAUUUAGUUAAUUGUUUUACAAAACCUUUUUCAAACAAAGAAAGAGGAAGGAGUCCGCGCUCGUGACGCACGGACGUAAGGAGUAUAAAACGCGCAGGAACCUUCCAGUCCUUCCAUUUCCUUCUCCCAGCCAACCGAGAUGCGGACGACUCGAAUGUGCUGCUCUGAAAUGCAGGACAGAUGCCAGGGAAGUCCAGAAGACUGACACGUCUGCAUUACUUGUGACACGACUUCCUGGCUUCAAGGCAUCUGAACAGAUUCUCCACUUGGAGUUCCAUUCUGGAAUAGGAAUGUGUGCUGCAUUCAGACCACGAGACUGAUGCGCUUUGUGAAAAUCCAGGCGUGGGGAGGAAGUUUCCUGAAGGGAUUAACACUACCUUACCUGUUUGAGUGCUGUGGUCAGUGGAAUUGCAGCGUGGACUCCAACAUACUGUUGACUGUCCUGAAACAAGAUGGCUGUUCUGGGCUGCUUUUAAACCUCUACAGGAUCAGUGUCCUGAAAUCUGGAACGCUGCUGCUCAGUAUGUGACUAGAAAGGCAUUCUGAACAACAGCCAACUUUCCGGGACAUCGACAUGUCUUAUAUCGUCAACAAGCUUAAAUGUUCGUUAAUCUAACCGCAGUGUCUAAUUUACAGUAGCUAUUACAGCGGGACAAAAUACCAUGCUAUUGUUUGGGAAUAGUGCACAACAACAGAACACUUAUCAAUGCAACUUGUUUGAUACAUUCACCUCUGACAUAUUGGCUACACAACACGUCAAUUAGCCUAAUGAAGGUAAGCCGUCGUUAGGCACCAAUGAGACCAGCGGUGCUCACUUGAUUGACAGAGUCUUGGUCCAAGGACCACCUAUCAUUUUGAAAGCGAUCAAGCUAGAUAGCCAAUGAGCUGGGCRUUCCAGCAGCAUGUGYACGCCUUUUGUACUACAAACAACCYUCAUGCUAGAGCUGUGGGCAACAGUGUUCAUUCUCUGGUGAAAGCAAACAGGACUCACGGUYGUUAAUGAUACGCAGUGGUUCGUUCUCUUCUACAAACUUUUCUCAAAACUAAAAAAAGAAAACAUGGCUACUACUAGUGGAAAAGCUACAUCGAAGUCCAAGUUUACACAUUUGGAUGAGAACAUUGCAGAAAUGGACUGGGAGAGUGACACAGAACUGAUGGAUGAGGACUCCAUGAGUGAAUACAGUUUUGAUUCCAGUGAGGAAGAAAUAUUUUUGGAAGGAGAAGAUCCACUUUUAGAUCAAGGUAGAGACUCCGAUGACAUCUGGGAGCCAUCUCCAAAGAAACCACAUUCAAGUCCAUCCCACACUCAUUCAAACAUAGGAACUGGCUCCUCCAGUCUGACCCCUGCUGCUGUCUCUGGCUCCACACCCACCUGGCCAUCUAGAGGUGUUAUGAGUCCAGACCAGAAGCGGAGGAGGGCCAGUGUACCAGCGGCAACUACCACCGAGGGAGAGGACCGUUGGCGCACUGUGCUAGAGGAUGAUGUGGAGCCACUUCGACCAACAUUUCGACCUAAAAGGCAGCCAGGACCUCAGCUGGACAUGACUGGAAAGUACAGCCCCCUUAAUCUUUUCCAGAUGUUUUUCUCCUCGUCAGUUCUUGAUUUGCUUGUGUCGAACACCAACAAGUAUGGGGCUAAGAAGCAAGCAGGCAAGAAAGAGGCAUGGAAGCCCAUUUCCAUCCAAGACCUGUACUGUUACAUCUCACUGGUCAUUUAUAUGGGGCUUGUGAAGUUGAAAACCCUGAAGGACUACUGGAGAAGCUCAAGACUCUACCAACUGCCUUUCCCUYCAACUYUCAUGUCUMGUAKGAGGUUUCUGACRYUCUCGCGGGCGCUUCAUAURAGUGACCCACAAGCUGACGARAACAAUGACAAGAAGAAGGGCACAGCAAGCUUUGAUAGGCUCUMCAAAAUCAAACCUCUCUACUCCAGCAUUGUUGAGGCCUGCAAGACCKAUUUUCAGCCUUCCCAGAACCUGUCCAUCGAUGAGKGGAUGGUAGCCUCAAAGGCCAGAAUUGGCAUCAAYCAAUAUAUGCCUAACAAGCCAACAAGAUGGGGUUACAAGCUGUUUGUUUUGGCAGAUUCUGCAUGUGCCUACACUUGGAAUUUCUUUGUUUAUGAGGGSAAGUCCAUCUCAGCCACCGGUAUGGGACUUGGUUAUGAUUCCGUWAUGAAAUUAUUGGAURUUCCACUGCUGGGGACGGGCUACAAARUGUUUGUGGARAACUUUUACACAAGCRCUACCCUYUUUARAGACCUGAGGAAGCUGAAUGUAUGGUCUUGUGGAACCAUUCGUCCCAACGGAGUGGGUUUUCCCAAAACAAAAGUAAACGACAUGCCUAAGAGGGCUGAAAGGGGUACCAUACGAUGGAUUCGUAAAGAUGACCUGCUCUUUGUYAAGUGGAUGGAUGCCAGAGAGGUGGUCAUGUGCUCCAGUAUCCACAAAURGUACAGUGGCGAUCACAUCCGCAGGCGUGCGAAGGACGCUAAUGGGACAUGGACCAAGAAAGAUGUCCCCGUUCCAGCUGCUGUGAAGGAUUACAARAAGAGCAUGGGAGGUGUGGACCUGUCAGACGCUCUGAUAGGCUACUACAAUGUUCUCCACAAGACAAWGAAAUGGUACAAGACAUUSUUCUAUCACUUCAUCGACAUUGCUGUGGUGAAUGCAUUCAUCCUCCAGAAGGAGAAGGCUAAGAUCUGUGGAKAGACKCCCAUGACACAGCUAGCCUUCAGAGAGCUGCUCAUCCAGGAGCUUGCUGACUGCGGCACAAAGUCCACUGCAGCACCUUCUGUCCGCUCUACCUCUGUCCGCUCUACCUCUGUCCUCUCUACUCCUGCCUCCAGUGAUGUUCACCUGCCAAAAUACAUCACUGCAGACCUGAAUGUGCCUCAGGGCCAAAAGGGCUCAGUAGGAAGGCGUCGUUGUACUCUGUGCCACAAGAAAUCUCCAAUCGCCUGCAGUACUUGUGCAGUUACCCUCUGCUUUACAACAGAGAGAGACUGCUAUGGACCUUGGCAUCAGCAGCUCAAUCUGGUGUAGAGGUGUUACCCUCUGCUUUACAACAGAGAGAG